GACGACUCAGAGGGCUCAAAUCAAGGAAAACUUGACGAUUCCUUUAUUCUUACCGGCUAGAAAUCAAGAAUAGGUGAAUUCACAUUUGAAUAGAACGGGAAAGAAUAUGCUAGUCUACUACGUUUGUCCAUUCGAACAGGAAUGAAGUGUCUAUUUAAGAGACUGCUCUCCCCGACAUUUCAAUUUUUCUUCUUCUUCCCUACACAACAAAACUACUUCCCAAUCGUCUGGGAAGUUGUGAUCACAACAUCACCUUCUCUUCAACAUUUUGUCUUCGCCACUUUGCUUUUACUACUUGCUCUCUACUGCCUUCUCACUUCCGCCUUGUAUCAUACUCUUAAAAUCGAUUGUACAAUCAUCAAAAUGUCCGACGACGAGUUUCAACAGAUCCAUCGAAUUUUGAGGCCUCCCCGAGGCAAUCGUCGGCUUGAAUCUGAGGUCGACGACUCUGAGGCCGAUGAUUCUGAAGUGGCUACAUUGGCACCCAAUCGAUUAUCCGUCGAUUUCGUCACUGCACAUGCUGCUAUGGUAAGAUUAGAGACUGCGGCCAAGAAAAGUGACAUCAAGUCGAAGGUUUACAGGUGGCGACAUUUCGCAGUGAUGCUUUUUGAGUUAUUCAACAACUCUGUCCAAAAAACCGUCCUCAUGAUCCUCAUUGGUGUCCUGUGUUACCUCCUAUUCUCGCGUGGAAUAUUAGUUCUAGAUUAUUAUCUUGAUCAACGUGAGAUGGUUGUAGUUGGGGCUAUCUGGGCUGGGAUGCUUAUGUUGUUAUUUAUAUUAAUGAUUUGGUUUCGAAAACAGGAUAUGGAUACGUGAUAAUAUUCCCAUAGAUAGAUAGAGUAGUCCUUUAUUAAAUGAGAUAGUGACUUCCGAAUUUCACGUCA